GUCCCUUUCGGUGCUUCUCUCCUUAUUUAUAGCUUUUGCUUCAGAGACAAGUUGAGAGAAACGAGAGAGACGGGGGGUAGAGAGCAAUGGAGAAAAUGUCGGGGCUGAGCCACCUCUUCAUGACCAUAUUCCUCCAUAACUUCGCCACGUUCAUGGUGAUUCCCGCCAUCACGGAUGUUACAAUGGCAGCGCUUUGUCCCGGACAAGAUGAAUGCUCUAUCGCCAUUUACACCUCCGGGUUACAACAUGCGAUAAUCGGGCUUGGGUCCCUAGUGAUGAUGCCUCUCAUCGGUAAUCUCUCUGAUAAGUAUGGAAGGAAGGCUUUGCUGACAGUCCCCGUCACUCUCGCCAUAAUCCCAUUAGCCAUAUUAGCCUACAGCAGAAGCAGGAACUUCUUUUAUGCCUACUAUAUCCUCAAGAUUCUCACUGCCAUGUUUUGUGAAGGAAGCGUCCAUUGUCUCUCCCUUGCUUAUGUGGCAGACAAUGUUCCGGAAGGUAGACGAGCAUCGGCUUUCGGGGUUCUUUCAGGCAUCGGCUCUUGUGCCUUUGUCUGCGGAACUCUGUCUACUCGUUUUCUCUCUACUGCUUCCACUUUCCAGGUUGCGACAGUAAUGGCGAUGCUGGCAGCGGUUUACAUGAGGAUUUUUCUCCCUGAUUCCAUUGUAAACGACAAUCUUUCUACUCCAAUUAUGUCGGAUGGAAAACUCAAAGGCAUUGUUAAUCAGGAUGAGGAGUCUGACAAGACAGUGCAGAUGUUUAAAACCAUGCCUUCAAUAGAGGAUAUGCAUGCCUUGUUGAAGACAAGCUUAACAUUUUCACAAGCAGCAGCAGUUUCAUUUUUCAGCAAUCUUGCCGAUGUCGGCCUCCAUGCUUCAUUGCUGUACUAUUUAAAGGCCAGGUUUCACUUCAACAAAAACCAGUUUGCUGAUUUAAUGGUCAUUACUGGAGUUGCAGGGACCAUUUCCCAGCUCCUUCUCAUGCCCAUACUAGUUCCUAUUCUUGGUGAAGAGAAAUUGCUGGCCAUAGGGCUUCUCUUUAACUGUGCACAUAUGAUCGUUUACAGCAUCGCAUGGUCUUUUUGGGUUCCUUAUGCAGCAGCUAUGUUCUCCUUGGCAUAUGUUUUUUCACAGCCAUGUAUAAGGAGCAUCGUGUCGAAACAAGUCGGACCCUGUGAGCAGGGGAAGGCUCAAGGGUUUAUAUCAGGCAUAGGUUCCUUUGCCAAUGUUGCUUCUCCCUUGGUUUUUUCCCCUCUAACAGCUUUGUUCCUGUCGGAUACAGCCCCGUUUUAUUUCCCCGGUUUCAGUAUCAUGUGUGUCGGGUUUGCCUCGAUGAUAGCCUUUGUCCAGAGUCUAAUGAUAAGGGCCGUUCCCCCAAUUUCAAACCAAAGAGUAGGCGACUGUCACUAAAUGUUGAAGUACGACUUCUCGAGUUGAAAUGGUGUCGAUCGGUGCAGCGGAAAGGAGCCUCGUUUCAGUUGCUUCGUGGUCCGAAAAGCAAAUGAAUGAUUCAUUAUGUAGCAUGAAUGUGUUUAUAUGGUUUUAGAAUCUGGGAAUUAUGAUCCCUUGAACUUUGCAAUAUCAGUCAGUUUUUAGUUAUUAGCUAGAGAGGAACAAGAUGUUUGGUUAGCACGAAGCUUUGCUGCAGGAGAAGUGCACGAAAUUUGGAAAAUUAAUUAUUCGUUUUAUUAA